AUUUUCUUCAACGACAUGUCGUUCAUAAAGAGCGCCAAUCUGAUAUCUUGUCGAAGCUCCGGAGGCCCAGGCGGGUCGACUAUAAAAGCUGGAUCUUAUCAGUCACAUUCUCCACCCGAAACUUAUCUUCGUGGUUCUCCCAGAAGCUUGCUCAAUUUUCAUUCAUCCAUGGCUUCACUUCCUUUCGGGCUUCUUCAAGCCGCUUCUCAAUCUCCAACUCUUUCUCCUCGAUUUUUCUCUUUCUCCAAAUCCGAAACCCUAGGAACUUCUCUGCGUGCUUCUACUGCUUCUCUUGCGACCUCUGCAACUUCGUCUCCUUCUUCGGUUCCUGCUGUGUAUUGUGGCAGAGGCGAUAAGAAAACGGAGAAAGGAAAGCGGUUCAAUCACUCUUACGGAAAUGCAAGGCCUCGGGAUAAGACGAAAGGGAGAGGGACUCCGAGAGUACCUACUCCGCCUGCUCCGCCUAGGAAAGAUAAAUUUGAGGAUGAUGAGAAAAUUAAGAUCGAGAUUGACGACUCUCUGUUCGCUAGGUAGUCAUGGAGCAACCUACUUCUGUUUAUUUGAAUGUGUUUUAUAAAUCCAGAAGGUACUUCAACUUCCUAUAUUCGCAUUAUUUUGUAUGAAUCCUUCAGUCGUUCAUUGGCUUCGUGAAUCCAUUGUUUGUUUUCAGUCUA